AUUUCUCUUUCGAAGAUUUCUUUUGGGGCGAAGACGUAAUCAUAGGCUGCGGAAGAGGAGGCCUCGUUGGAAGAGAACUGAUGGCGCCGAGUCUGCAGCUCUUCGCUCUCUUUCUGCUCGCGGUCUGGGUCGUCGGAUCGGAGGCCCACGACGUCCGGCCAGCAGAGCACGGCCUCGAGCACCAGAAGGACCCCGGCCCGGCUUCCCCGGCGAUGGUGACAUUCUUCCGCGGCCGGCCGGAGGUUGCGCUCCCGGAGGCGCAGAACGUCUCCGAGCCGGCCUGGAAGCUGGCGCCGCCGCGGCCGCAGCACCGGGACGGUCCCAGUGCUGUCCUCCUCGCCGCGGGCGUGGCGUGCGGCAUCGUCGGAUCCGCCCUUCUCGCCGCGGCGGCGGUGGCUUUCGUCGUCCACGCCCGCCGCUCCGGGUUCGGGCUCCGGCCAGGAUGGGCUUUCAGUCCAGCCCGUAGAAGCGGCCCAGAGGUCCGAUUGGGUUCUGCGUAGACCAAAAAUUUGACCGUUGGAUCCGCAACCGACGGUGAUUGAUCUGUUCGUUCGUUUAGUGAAUCCUUCCCGCAAACCUCCUUAUUUGCAUUCUUAUUUUCAAGCGUGUAAUUACA